GCGCAGCGGGUGGGCGGGCCAGGAGAAGCCUGUCCCGGAGCUGCUGUCCGUCUAGGAAGAAGCUGUGGCCUGUGCUUGCGCGCGGGGCUUAAAAAAAGUGGCUAUAGGAUCUCAAAACAACAGUGACAGAAAUGCUGUGGCUGGGAACUAUUUUCACAUUCUCAAGUCUUUCUGCAAGUUUCGGUGACUCCCUCAUUUCCCUCUUCCCGGGCCUUCUGGUCGUGAGGCACCAGCCCAAACCCUCAUUCCACCCUUUCAUCCCGUUCCCAGGAUCCAGGCCCCCGGCAGGGCCGUCUGCUCUGUCCCAGUUCGAUUUCCUCAUCCCACACCCAUUCUUCUCCAUGCCCCUCCUCCCUCUCUGUGCUGCCAUAGUAACAAGAGAUUCCAGCUCCGAGGGGGCCUCUGGGAAGGAGCAAAGGUGCGUGUUCUCUCGCAGAACCUGGGCCUCCAGCGUCCCCGCCCCAGCUCUUUGGGAUUGGGCCAGCAGAUGUGUACUGUUUCGGAGACGGGGGAAGCCAGUGCCAGGAGCAGGAACAAACCGAGGGGAGGGAGGAUGCGAGUCUGGAGAAGAGAGCCUGGCUCCGGGGCGGAGGCGGGGGACCCCUUCCUCCUAAUCCUCUCUCCAGGAAUCCCUGGCUUUGGGACAGGACGACUGUCUUUGGCUGGGGGAGGCGCCCAGGCUGGGUGCAUGUCCUGGGCCACCAGCCAAGAGUACACGAUGUUCCCAAGUGCGCUGGCCGCCGCCCUCUCGGGCUGGCCGCCUCCCAAACCGCUGCCGCUCCAGCCUCCCUGUCCCACAUUCCCCGGCUGCCUUGCUCCGCCCUCUUCCUCCGCUUUGACGUCACCGCUCCCUCCCGCCCCCUCGCCUCCAUUGACGGCAGCAGGCCCUGGUUACUGUGGGGACUGUGAGGCAGGACAGCCGGGGGCCUUGAGAGCAGGUGGGGGCCGCAGGAGCACUCGACCCCUUUGUCUAUGCAAAAUACAGACCUGGAGGGUGGGGGGGUGGGAGAGCACGGGCUGCCCUUGUCAGCGGAGAUAGCGCCUCGAUCCCAGAGGAGAACAGGGGAAGGAAGAAAAGCCCUGCUUCCGGAGGAGAGUGGUCUGAAAAUUGAGACAGGGGACCGGGCCACCGACUAUAAGUUGGGGGGACAUUUCCAAAGGGAUGAGACUGAGCAUCCAGACUCCUCAAUCCUUUGUUUCCUGUGUUUUCUUGCUUUGGUUUUUUUUUUUUUUUUUUUUUUUUUUUCUGGGUUAUUUUAUGACAUCCCUGUGCCCCAGCUUUUUUUCCACAGAGCCCUCCCCCGGGCCCCUCCGCGGGGAACACCAUUGUUUAGGAAAGCUUAGGCCACGUGACAGGGAGGGAGUGUACCCACAGCUGAUUAUGUCAGCCUCAGCUUGGGGGCCUCUGCGCUGGCCACAUUAACGGGGAGCCCUGAGAGGAACUACUCACAGGGGUCUUGGGAUGGAGGGGCCUGUGUCACUGCAGUGCCCCUCAGCUCAGCCUGGCACUGUAUUUCCCCAAAUUAGGACUCAGUGUUCUGCUCCCCUCCCCUUUAUAAAAAGCAUAGUUUCCAGCACCUUCUCCAUCACUGAGGCUCCUUCCCCUCCCUUAUCUAUCCUUGUUAACUACAAAAUCACCGUAUUUAUUGACCACCCACGGUGUGUCAGGUUCUGUCCUGGGGACUGGGGAAUACAGUGAGGUGACAGACGAGGUCCUCCACUCUCUCUCGUCCUAGGGCUGGGGAUCUGACGCCCUUGCCACCCGACCUGUGUCUCGCUAGGGUCCCAGUCGGUCUCUUCCCUCAGCCACCCCCUUUGUUCCCCCUGUAGCUCUGGCUUCCCGGCCCCCACUUUUGGGGCGCCCCUAACUGUGGGCGGCUGCAUCUUCAGGAGCACAGCAGCGCUAGUCACCACGUAGGCUCCCUGGAGACCUUUUCUUUGAUUGGGUACAGAAGCACCUGGCAUUGUUUCCCUUUACAGCCCUUUCUGGCCCUGGCUGCCGCUUCUGUUGUUUGUAUCCUCCCCUGCACUCCUCCCCCUGUCACGCGGGGACCCUCAAUUGCCAUCCUCCUGACUGUCCACAGGGUUUGAAGUGUCAGAGGAAGGGGCUGGAUAAAAGUGGCUUUAUUGUUGAUGACAGGGCUGGGGAGAGGAACCCAGGAGAAGCCAGGCUGGGUUUCUGUGUGCCCCUGUCCUCCCAGGGACCAGCCAUCUCAUCCAGCCUGGCCCACCCCCCAAGGGUCUGCAUUCCUUUUCCCCACCUCUGGCAAGGCCAAGGUGUCCUGUUCUGUAGGGCCAGACGGUCCAGGAAGUAGACCUCUCUUAAGCACCAACCGUGGCCCAGACAUUUUCUCCGAAGAAUGGCAGCUUAUCGCCCCUCCCCGUCCUCCCAUUAUCCACUGUGCAACCGUCCUGCGCCCGCUGGCUGCGUGGUGGUGUCUGGGGCCUUUCAGCCCAGCGCCAGCACCCAGGUCCACGUGCGCCCGUGUGUGUGACACAGCCCUGACCUCAGUAGGGGCCAGUAGCCAAUCAGGCGCCGGGACGGGAUCCCCAGCCAAUCGGGGGCGGGGCCUGCGGCUCCGCCGGCAGGAGGCCAAUGAGGGGCAGUGUCUGGCAUUAUGCAACCCGCCUCCUGGCCCCGCGAAGCUUCCACUCGGCUGAGCGCUGCAACAGCGGCGGGCAGGCGACCGGAGGGCGCUCGCGCGGCCAGGUGCUGCCCGUGAUCAAACUUCUCAAUCUUCAGAGGCUUGGAUCUCCCUCACUCCCGCAGCCAGGCCGGCCGGCCCCCUCGUUUGCUCGUGGUGGCCUCUCCGCCUUCCGUGUUUUCCUCCUGCCCUCCCCAUGGCCCAGACAUGAGUGGCCCCCUAGAAGGGGCUGAUGGGGGUGGGGACCCCGGGCAGGGGGAAUCCUUUUGCCCGGGAGGGGCCCCAUCCCCUGGGCCUCCGCAGCACCGGUCUUGCCCUGGUCCCAGCCUGGCUGAUGACACAGAUGCCAACAGCAAUGGCUCCAGCGGUAAUGAAUCCAAUGGGCCUGAGUCCCGGGGGGCAUCUCAGCGGAGCUCACACAGCUCCUCCUCGGGCAACGGCAAGGACUCAGCCCUGUUGGAGACCACUGAGAGCAGCAAGAGCACAAACUCUCAGAGUCCAUCCCCACCCAGCAGUUCCAUUGCCUACAGUCUCCUGAGUGCCAGCUCCGAGCAGGACAACCCAUCUACCAGUGGCUGCAGCAGUGAACAGUCAGCCCGGGCGAGGACCCAGAAGGAACUCAUGACGGCUCUGCGGGAGCUCAAGCUUCGGCUUCCCCCCGAGCGCCGGGGCAAGGGCCGCUCUGGGACGCUGGCCACGCUCCAGUACGCCCUGGCCUGUGUGAAGCAGGUGCAGGCCAACCAGGAGUACUACCAGCAGUGGAGCCUGGAAGAGGGCGAGCCCUGCGCCAUGGACAUGUCCACCUACACGUUGGAGGAGCUGGAGCACAUCACGUCGGAGUACACACUGCGCAAUCAGGACACCUUCUCCGUGGCGGUCUCCUUCCUGACAGGCCGCAUCGUCUACAUUUCGGAGCAGGCAGGGGUCUUGCUGCGCUGUAAACGGGACGUGUUCCGGGGGGCCCGCUUCUCGGAGCUGCUGGCGCCCCAGGAUGUGGGCGUCUUCUAUGGCUCCACGGCCCCGUCUCGCCUGCCCACCUGGGGUGCUGGGACCUCGGCAGUGCUUUUCUGGUGUGUUCCAGGUUCAGGCACCAAAGACUUCACCCAAGAGAAGUCUGUCUUCUGCCGCAUCAGAGGAGGUCCUGACCGGGACUCAGGGCCUCGGUACCAGCCAUUCCGCCUCACGCCCUAUGUGACCAAGAUCCGAGUGUCGGAAGGGGCCGCAGCACAGCCGUGCUGCCUGCUCAUCGCAGAACGCAUCCACUCGGGUUACGAAGCUCCCCGGAUCCCCCCAGACAAGAGGAUCUUCACCACUCGGCACACCCCUAGCUGCCUCUUCCAGGACGUGGACGAAAGGGCCGCCCCGCUGCUGGGCUACCUCCCCCAGGACCUCCUGGGGGCCCCAGUGCUCCUCUUCUUGCAUCCUGAGGACCGACCCCUCAUGCUGGCCAUCCACAAGAAGAUCCUGCAGUUGGCCGGCCAGCCCUUUGACCACUCCCCGAUCCGCUUCUGCGCCCGGAAUGGAGAGUAUGUCACCAUGGACACCAGCUGGGCCGGCUUCGUGCACCCCUGGAGCCGCAAGGUGGCCUUUGUCUUGGGCCGCCACAAAGUACGCACGGCACCCCUGAACGAGGACGUGUUCACACCACCGGCCCCCAGCCCGGCUCUGUCUCUGGACUCUGACAUCCAGGAGCUCUCAGAGCAGAUCCACCGGCUGUUGUUACAGCCCGUGCACAGCCCCAGUCCUACCGGGCUCUGUGGAGUGGGCCCCAUCGCUUCCCCGGGCCCUCUCCUCAGCCCUGGCUCGUCCAGUGACAGCAACGGGGGUGACGCCGAGGGACCUGGGCCUCCUGUGCCGGUGACGUUCCAGCAGAUCUGUAAGGACGUGCACCUGGUGAAGCAUCAGGGACAGCAGCUUUUCAUCGAGUCGCGCGCCCGGCCUCCGGCCCGGCCCCGCCUCCCUGCUACAGGCACAUUCAAGGCCAAGACCCUUUCCUGCCAGUCACCAGACCCGGAACUGGAAAUGGUCCCUGCUCCCCUCCAGGCCCCACUCGCCUUGAGCCCUGAAGAGGCUGAGAGGAAAGAUGCGUCCACUUGUUCCUACCAGCAGAUCAACUGCCUGGACAGCAUCCUCCGGUACCUGGAGAGCUGCAACAUCCCCAGCACAACCAAGCGGAAGUGUGCCUCCUCGUCGUCCUGUACUGCCUCCUCAGCCUCCGACGACGACAAGCAGAGGACGGGUCCGGUCCCUUUGGGGGCCAAGAAAGAUCCAGCACCGGCAGUGCUGUCCGGGGUGGGGGCCGGCCCACAGAAGGAGCCCGUGGUAGGAGGCGCCCUGAACCCGCUCGCCCUGGCCAAUAAGGCGGAGAGCGUGGUGUCUGUCACCAGCCAGUGUAGCUUCAGCUCCACCAUCGUCCAUGUGGGAGACAAGAAGCCCCCGGAGUCGGACAUUAUCAUGAUGGAGGACCUGCCUGGCCUGGCUCCAGGCCCAGCCCCCAGCCCAGCCCCCAGCACCACGGUAGCCCCCGACCCCACCCCAGACGCCUAUCGCCCGGUGGGCCUAACCAAGGCCGUGCUGUCCCUGCACACACAGAAGGAGGAGCAGGCCUUCCUCAGCCGCUUCCGAGACCUCAGCCGACUGCGGACACUUGAUGGCUCCUCCCCGGCCCCCCUGGCCCCUGGCGAGCGAGGCUGCCACCACGGCCCCGCACCCCACGGUCGCCGACACCACUGCCGCUCCAAAGCCAAGCGCUCCCGCCACCACCAGACCCCCCGGGCUGAUGCCCCUUGUUAUGGCUCCCACCCGCCGCCUGUGUCACCCUCGGCCCCAUGGCCCCCCCCAGCAGCCGCUGCUCCCUUCCCAGCCAUGGUCCAGUCCUACCCUCUCCCAGUAUUCUCCACUCGAGGAGGCCCCCAGCCUCUCCCCUCUGCCCCCACAGCUGGGCCCCCUGCAGCUUUCCCUGCCCCGCUGGUGACGCCUAUGGUAGCCUUGGUCCUCCCUAACUACCUGUUCCCCACCCCAUCUAGCUAUCCCUAUGGGGUAGCCCAGACCCCCGCUGAAGGGCCUCCCACCCCCGCUUCCCACUCCCCUUCUCCGUCCCUGCCCCCACCGCCCCCCAGCCCUCCUCGCCGGCCAGACUCUCCACUAUUCAACUCCCGAUGCAGCUCCCCACUCCAGCUGAAUCUGCUACAGCUUGAGGAGCCCCCGCGUGUUGAAGGGGGCACUGUUGCAGGGGGCCCUGGGAAUAGUGCUGGGCCCCCGCCCUCUGGCGAGGAGGCCACUGAGCCAGAGGCCAGACUGGCGGAGGUGACCGAGUCCUCCAACCAGGACGCGCUGUCGGGCUCCAGUGACCUGCUGGAGCUGCUGCUGCAGGACUCCCGCUCUGGCACAGGCUCCGCCGCCUCCGGCUCCCUGGGCUCCGGCCUGGGCUCUGGCUCUGGCUCGGGCUCCCACGAGGGAGGCAGCACCUCUGCCAGCAUCACACGCAGUAGUCAGAGCAGCCACACGAGCAAGUACUUUGGCAGCAUCGACUCUUCUGAGGCCGAAGCGGGGGCUGCCCAGGCCAGGGCUGAGCCCGGGGACCAGGUCAUUAAAUACGUGCUCCAGGAUCCCAUCUGGCUGCUCAUGGCCAACGCUGACCAGCAUGUCAUGAUGACCUACCAGGUGCCGUCCAGGGACGUGGCCUCUGUGCUGAAGCAGGACCGGGAGCGGCUCCGGGCCAUGCAGAAGCAGCAGCCUCGGUUCUCAGAGGACCAGCGCAGGGAGCUGGGUGCCGUGCACUCCUGGGUCCGGAAGGGUCAGCUACCUCGGGCCCUCGAUGUGAUGGCCUGUGUGGAUUGUGGCAGUAGCACCCAAGACCCUCAACACUCUGAUGACCCCCUCUUCUCAGAACUGGAUGGACUGGGACUGGAGCCUAUGGAGGAGGGCGGAGGCGAGGGUGGGGGUGGGGGUGGGGAGGGCGAGGGCAGAGAAGAGACUCAGGCUCGAGCUGGGGCCAGAGUCUCCAGCUCUCAGGACCUGGCCAUGGAGGAGGAGGAACAAGGUGGGAGCUCAUCCAGUCCAGCCUUACCUGCCACAGAAAAUGGCACCAGCUAGACCACAUUUGGGGGCCCCCUGCGGCAGUGCAUGAGAAGCUUCCUUCUCCCACGUUCAACCUCUCAGAACUCCGAUGUGGCGGGACCGACCGAUAGGAAACUACCCCAGCUUCUCCCUCUUAGGGGGCAGGACCCCCACCAGCAGCCCAGGAUCCAGGGGCUGCCUCCGGCUUCUGGGGGUACAGAGGGCGGGAUUUGUCAGCCCAGCCCAGAGAAGCCUCAUCUCCCAGCUCUGGUGAGGAGCCCU